GGCCGGCGUCCGCGGCGAUGGAGGAGCUCACGGCCUUCGUCUCCAAGUCGUUUGACCAGAAAGUGAAGGAGAAGAAGGAGGCGAUCACGUACCGGGAGGUGCUGGAGAGCGGGCCGCUGCGCGGGGCCAAGGAGCCGACGGGCGGCGCCGAGCCGGGCCGCGACGAGCGCAGCAGCCCCGCAGUCCGGGCGGCCGGCGGAGGCGGCGGCGGAGGAGGCGGAGGCGGAGGCGCAGGCGGAGGCGGCGGAGGAGGCGGAGGAGGCGCGGGAGGAGGAGGAGCGGGCGGCGGCGCUGGAGGAGGGCGCUCUCCCGCCCGGGAGCUGGACAUGGGCGCCGCCGAGAGGAGCCGGGAGCCGGGCAGCCCGCGGCUCACCGAGGUGUCCCCGGAGCUGAAGGAGCGCAAGGAGGAUGCGAAAGGGAUGGAGGACGAAGGCCAGACCAAAAUCAAGCAGAGGCGAAGUCGGACCAAUUUCACUCUGGAACAACUCAACGAACUGGAGAGGCUUUUUGAUGAGACCCACUACCCGGACGCUUUCAUGCGCGAGGAACUGAGCCAGCGGCUGGGGCUGUCCGAGGCCCGCGUGCAGGUUUGGUUUCAAAAUCGACGAGCUAAAUGUAGAAAACAAGAAAAUCAACUCCAUAAAGGUGUUCUCAUAGGGGCUGCCAGCCAGUUUGAAGCUUGUAGAGUUGCACCCUAUGUCAACGUAGGUGCUUUAAGGAUGCCAUUUCAACAGGAUAGUCAUUGCAACGUGACGCCCUUGUCCUUUCAGGUUCAGGCGCAGCUGCAGCUGGACAGCGCCGUGGCGCACGCGCACCACCACCUGCACCCGCACCUGGCCGCGCACGCGCCCUACAUGAUGUUCCCGGCGCCGCCCUUCGGACUGCCGCUGGCCACCCUGGCCGCCGACUCGGCCUCCGCCGCCUCCGUGGUGGCCGCCGCCGCCGCCGCCAAGACCACCAGCAAGAACUCGAGCAUCGCCGAUCUCAGACUGAAAGCCAAAAAGCACGCCGCCGCCCUGGGCCUGUGACGCCCGCGGCCGCCCCGCGCCCCCUCCGCGCCCGCUGCUCGCCCGGCCCGCGCCCUCCCUGCGCCCUGCGCCCUCCGCCCUGCGCCCUCCGCCCUGCGCCCUGCGCCCGCCCCGGCCUCGACCUCCGCGCCCCUCCGGCCCCCCCACCCCGGCGCCUGCUCCGGCUGCGGCCGCACCUGCCCCGGGGCGAGCGCGCACCUGCCCCGGGGCGAGCGCGCACCUGCCCGGGGCGCGGGGGCGGCCUGCGGAGAGCCCAGGCGCCCGGCCACCGCACAGCUGCCACCACGGACUCGCGGAGAAACAAAAAAAAUCCUGUUAAUAAAAAAUAAGCAAAAAAAAAAAAAAAAAAAAAAAAGUAGCAAAGAUAAACAAGAAAGAAAAGAAAUAAAAAGAGAGAGAGAGAGAAAGGGAACUUAUUGCUAUUUGGCAGAAGUCGAAAUCGGAGGAAGAACCAAGGAGCAAAAAAAAAAAAAAAAAAAAACAUUUAAAGAAAAAAGUAUUUUAUACGUUUGAAAAUAUGGAAAAAAAUAAUAACCCGGACGAGAAUCUUGAGAGAAUGGAGAGAAUGGAAGGGGGUGGGAGGGGGAGAGGGGAGUUACCAACUUAAAGUGUAUGGUAUGGUUUGUUGUUGUUUUUGUUUUUUUUAAAUGGGCCCCCCCCCAAAAAAGGGCAAAACAGAAGGAAGAGGUAUACUUAUUUAAAGAAUUAAGAUUUUAAAAGUGCGCAGCUGGGAAGUUCACAGGUUUUGAAACUGACCUUUUUCUGCGAAGUUCACUUUAAUACAAGAAAUUUGAUAAGAGAGGCGGGCCUCCUUUUACAUUGAAUCAGAUGCUUUGAGUUAAAAAAAAAAAAACACCACCACGGAUGGAAGAGUAAGAAGAGGGAAAGACAGUAUCAAAACGAGGAGAGGAGAAAAAUGAUAUUAACACAAAAAAUGUUGCCGCAGACAAUGAUUUCUCUGAGAAAUUAUGACAGCAGCACUGCCCAGACUGCUGACCGUGACUCCGGUUUUGCAUGUUCCUUGUGUUCCACUGAUGACGUCCCUCUGCUCCCUGCUUUACUCACGUGCACUUACUCCAUGUUCAUCUUCAGUACGAAAAACAAUACCGAAAGCAUCUGGAAAUUGAUAUAUAUCAAAUCUAUAAUUUUUUCGCCCCGUCUUUGAUCCUGUCGGACAAAAGAAAAAGGUCGGAAGGGGAAAAAAUUUACACUCUGUCCCAAGAAGACGGAGGUGGGCAGAAAAUGUGGGGAAAGGAAAAAGAGACGAAGACCAAAUGAAAUAAUAAAGGUACAGCGCCUCCAAGGCUCCCGGCACACAGUAGGCGCUCAAUCAGUGUCAGUCCCCUCUCCUCCCUCCUUUCUUGUAUUCCCUCCUGCUGACUUCCUGACGUCCCGUUUGGGAACCUUGCUUUACUUCCCCCUCUCUAUCCCGUCACACUCACCUUAAAUAACACCCAACUCCAUACAGGCAGUAGGUUUGUGUAAAAUAUGUUGAUACACACGAACAAAGUUUAUUUUGGCUAUGAUGUGUGAACUGAUGGUUGACUUUCAACAUUUGCAUUUUAUCUCACAAAGGUGUAUAUUCAAGUAAUUUUUUUUUGUUUCAAUUCAUGUAACUAUUUAAAGUGGGGUACCCUGGACUAAGCAAUCUGUAUCCCAAACACUAGAAAGCCGCCUUAGUCUUGUUUUUUGUUUGUUUGUUUUGGGUUUUUUUUUUUUUCUAAUUUACAAGAAAGAGGAAAAGCUCUUUUGACUGAACUUUGGUAUACGGUUGAGCUUUGUAACUAUUUGUUCUCCAUGAAAACAAAGUUAUUUAUAUUUGCCAUAUUUUUUCUAGUGUAUUAAGUUAUUUUAAACAGAAGAAGAUGCUGUUAUUUCAUGAUGUGUUGUUGGUACAAAAUGUUUCGAUUUCACCUCUGUUAAACCUUUUAAAUAAGUGCCAAGUUAUUAAUUGAAGACACUUUGCGAUCAAUCGAAUGAAAAUAGUAUUGUUUCAUUUGAUGGGGUUCGCGUCAUCUUUGUUCCUGUUCCUAUUAAACUAUCCGGGAUAGUCUUUCCUUC